UUGAUGUUGUAAAAAGAAAAAAAAAGAAAUCAAUAUUCAAAAGUGUACGACAAUUACAGCACUUUAUAUUUUUAAGAUAAUUACGUAAAUAACUUUUGAACUGAAAUUUAGGAAAUUUAAUGAAUAUGAUAACAUUCUAUCUUGAGUAGAGAUCAAUAACCAUAUCAUAUUAAACAAGCAUAUCCGUAUUAAGUUUCGUUACUGAUCAUUACGUCAUUCGUACUGUUUGCUAGAUAGUCGUGGAGGAAGGAAUAGAGGCCAUAUUAAAUUUUUAUCAAUAAAGUGACAUUUUAGAAAUAUUAAACGUACGUGGAAAGAUAAUUAUGACAUAUAUAUGUGUGCACAUAACAAAAGAAGUUAUUUAAAACGAAAGGUAAGCAUUUCAAAGACAAGAUGUGUGAUACAGCAUACCAUUAACCAAUACAGUCAUUUCUAUGGCGACAUGCAGAAUGGAGUCCAAGCCAUCGAAAAAGAACUUCCACAACUGGUUGAAGUCGAAUCUAGGCUUAAUGUACACAAGAAAUGGUCUUAAAAGAUUUGUAUCUGAUGAAAUCAAUAGUUUUCAAAGGGACACAUACAUCAAUAUUUUGAAACAACUUGAUUUAGAACUAGACACUAAGUGUUCAGACUGCUCAACAAAUGCUAUUGUUUCUGACAAAGAAUGUGAGAAAUGCAAACGAAAAAGUUGCCAACAUACAUAUUGUCCGAAGAAAGGUCUUUGCAAUUCAUUCCUAUUUGAAAUAAGGAAAGCUCACAAACACAAAGCACCUUCAUGGAAUAACACUGAUGCAAGGCAAUGGUGCAGUGAUCCUUGGCAAAUAGCCAAGUGUUACAUGCCAGAACAUGGAUACAGCACCAAAAGGACAAUAGAGGAGACAGAUUUAAAUGGUGUUUUAAGUGUGAUAUUGAAUAACAAGAUUUUUGCCCGAAAAUUUUCAGCUGAUCCAAAACAGCCAGACAAAAUAUUUCAAAAGGCAAGAACAUUUUCAAAUAAGGUAAGACACGAAGCCACGUAUGAAAUUGAUGAUGACGAAUUUGAAAAUAUCCUUUCUGUCCUGAUAAGUUGUCUUGAGGUUCAACCGAUAGCACAAACAAAAGAGGCUCAAGAUGCAAUUAAAAAUAUUUUAGAGCUUAAAGAUUCCAAAUGGUACAUCCACACUUCACUCAGUGACAUAUAUACAUUCCUGAACACUAGCUCCUUAGAGGAAAACGAUGUACAGGGGAAAAUUGAAAAAACUGAAAAAAUCAAAUUGAUGAUACAUGCAGUAAAACUUAUAGAAUCAAGACCAAACACAGACUUCAAAUCAGUAGAAACAUAUAUAGAAUCCAUCUCCGAAAAGUGCAAGGAAUUGCGGAAACGUAAGAUGCGUAAACAGCUGCAAGAGUCGUAUGAAAAAGAAUGCUCCACACUUCCAAUAUCUGCUUUGUUUGAAGAUGAGGAUGCACCACUUCUUUCGUUCUAUGUAUUGCCAACCUUGCGAGUUGUGGAUUACCACAGAGUUUGUUCACGUUAUUCAGCGGUAAAUUCAUAUACUGAUAUAUUUUGUAGAGAUGGGGAGCCAGUUCAGAACAUAUACAUAACUGGAGAUGCUGGUAUUGGUAAAACAGCGGUGUGCCAAAGGAUGGUUUUAUGCUGGUGUCAUGCAAUGAAUGGUGGCACUGAAAAUGGUAACUUUUCGAGAAAUGAUAUUGAGUCAAUGAAAUGUUUUGAUUUUCUUUUUUUUAUUUCUCUUAGGGAAUCAUAUUUCUGUCAUGUCAAGAAAAUCAUCAAAGAGCACUUAAAAUAUGCAGCUGACCAAGAACUGAUAGAUCAGAUAUUAGAUGAAGAAAAAUGCUUGAUAGUUCUUGAUGGUUUAGAUGAAUGGACACAUCAACCGUCAUGUUGCACGUUGAGUAAAAAUGUUCCUGACAGACAAUAUGUAACAAAUUUAACGUAUUUGACAACAACAAGGCCAUGGAAGAUUGAGGCAAACAGGCUUAAAACAAGAGAAGUAGAUCAACAAAUAGAAUUGAAAGGACUUGAUAACAAUGCUUCAGAAAAACUUACGUGCUAUGUUAUAAACCAUCUCAACAAUAAGUAUCAAGCAACUAAAAAUGUUGAUGAAUAUCGGGAGUCUUUUGAAAAGCAGAAACAAAUACGAAAAGUUUCAAAGAUACCUAUUAUAAAGAUACAGCUAAUUACCUUAUGGUUUCAGGAUCAGCAACGUACGAACUUUUCAAGAUGUGUUAUUUAUGGUGACACCAUUCAGAUGCUAUUUGAAAGGGCAAUUGAAAGAAACACAAAUCAGGAAACUGAGCAGGCAAUGAUAAAUCGAGUAAAAAAUGAAAAUGGAAAAGUUGAACACGAAACACUCAGUUUCUUGUCAAAGUAUGAUCUCUUAACUGAAUUUCAAAGCUUUCUUUUCAAACUUGGUCACCUUGCAUUUGGAAUGCUUUUUAAUUUUUCAGACAAUGAAUCAGUGCUCGUAUUUGAACGAGAUAUUGGGAGAAGAUAUGGAUUGAUCGAUGUAGAGAUGCAGUUUUCCUUGUUUGUAGGAAUAUUAUCAAAAAACAAAGCUAUUGGUCCAGGAAAUAAGCGAUUGAUGAAACUAACAUUUCUUCACAAAAGUUAUCAAGAGUUUUUUGCAGCAUUGUAUAUUGCAAUGAAUAAGGACCCAAAGAGUAAAGUUAAACAAAUAUUUUCAAAACUAAAAUCUGUACUUGAUAUUCUUAAAUAUGAAAAUUUCUUUAUCUUCCUUUCUGGAAUGAAGACUGCAAUUAUUGAAAUGAUUUCGAAUGAUAUUCAAAAUAUUGUCUCAUCUGAUAAGAAUGUCCAAAGCUACAGACAAUCAGCUCAUUACAAAUUUGAACUUUUUAUUAUGCUGAAACCGUUCUGUAAUCUUCAAAGCGAUAUUUUUGUGGAAGAGAGAAACGGACAAGGAGCCUUGAAAGCACUGCAGGCAUUAUUACUACAAUGUUUAGAAGAAAGUCCAAGUGAACAUACAGAAUCAAUUCAUAUACCCUUAUCGGAUAUAUUUAUUGACGAUGAAAGUAAUUCAAAGGUGAGCCCUUUGAUAAUGGCCUCUAGCCAACAUUUGAAAUCUGUCAGCACAGAACUUUAUUGCGCAGAGUUGGCAUCAUUAAUGAAUUUAAAAAAGCUGGUUAUAAAGGAAGGUUCAUAUCCAGAUAGUCCAACAGAUGACAUGAGUUUAUAUGAAAACUGCAUAUCUUCAUCAAAAACAUCUUUAGUUAGUUUGUCCUUAGCUUACUGCAAAGGAAUUCCGGCUCUUACUGGUUUAGACAACCUAAAAUCCUUAGCACUAUUUGCUAUCGUUCUUAAACACGAGGAGCUUUCAGAAAUGUUUUCCUUUAUUUCGAAAACAGAAGAGUUAACCCAGCUUUUCAUUUGUAACGUCAAAUGCUCAGAACAUUUGGAUAAGUGUAAAGGAAAUAAGUUAGACCUUACAAAACACAGUGAUCUUAAAUAUCUGCGAUUACAGUCUUUGUAUGAACAUGGAUCUCACCAGAUACGAUUAAAUAAUAAAAACUUAGAAUUUUUAGUCGUUAAUGACAAUACAAAUGGAAAUGCUGUGCAGACAGUAGUUGAAGAUAUCAAAAAUGCCCCGAAACUAGCAGAAGUUGUCUUAGUAGAUUUCAAGGCAAAAGAUAAGAUAAAAAAUAUUUUAAAUACCGUUCCAACGCUACAUUUCUUGGAACGGCUCUCAUUUUUCAAUGUUGACUUCGGAGAUAGUGUGAUUGUACUAAAUAAGGAAAAUCAAAAAUCAAUAAAGAUGGUUACAUGUUUGAAUAUUUCACUUACAUUUGAAUCGUUUUGUUCAUUUAUUGACAGUUUACCAACUGCAGGUGUGAAUGUACUUAUAUUAUCCAGCAAGAUUAGCUGUUCAAAAAAUAAUGAUGCCGAAAAAGAUAUGGAAGAUGCAACAAACUAUGUUCGAGCAAGUACGUUAUUUGAGGUUACAAGUUUUGAAAAAUCAAGACUUUCGUUUAAAUCGAAAAAGGAAUAAGCCAGCUCAUGUAUGAAGAACAGUAGCCUAGAUUGGGAUAAUUAGCAGGGUUUCCAGAAACAUUUCACCAUUCAUUGCCUUGUAAGACAAAAAUACAUGCAAGUUUUUGUUGUUUUUUGUUUAAUAUUAGAUUUCAUUACAUAAAUCGCGUUUUGUAGACUGUUCUUUACAGACAUGAAAAA